AUGCUAGUCAUGGAGGUCCUGGAGAGCGUCUUCAGUGGCGAAAGCCUCACAGAGCAGGAGGCCCAGUGGUCCGAUUCGGGCACUUCCGCCGAGCUCUGCCGCUUUUCCAUCCGAAAAAGCGGCAUCUUCCAUUGCGACUUCGGCGUUUCGCGAUUCUAUUCGUUGCUCAACACGAUGCUCAUAGCGCUGCAUAUACUGCACGUCAUGUUCGGCCUCCCCGAAAUGGACUUCUUGGUGCACACCAGCGAAUAUUACGGCGUGGGCUCGCCAGUGAACCUGUCCGUUCCAGUGCUUGUCCAGGCCCAGCCAGCAGGGUGCCGGGGGAUCCUCAUUCCCUGGUGGGCCUUUCUGCAGUGGGACUGGACACGCCGCUACCGCGACAGACUGGAGGAGGCCGCUUCCAAGCCGUGGCCGGAGCGUCGCGAGACGCUCUUCUGGCGUGGCUCUGAUACGGGCUGCCUGGCACCCAGCAAUGACAGCACUUCUUCCUGUGGUCUUCGAUGCACUGAGUGGACACCAAGUACAUGGCCGCUCUUUCCGCGGUCAAAGCUGGUCUUGGCGUCUUCCCUCUUCCCUGGACGUAUUGACGCCUUAUUCACCAAAGACACCGUGCACAGGGAUUGCCAGGAAGUGUAUGCCACCAGCGGCCUGUGGAUUGACCAGAUCAUCGCUCCGGAGGCACAUGUUCACCACAAGUACUUAGCCUAUGCCGACGGCAGCUCCUUCUCGGACCGGCUCUACUGGCUGCUGCUCACGGGGUCUUUGGUCUUCAAGGCGAUGCUCUCAGCACCGCCCUGCGCAGCUGAGACCUCCUCUCGACUCCACGUGUGGCUGGAUGGCGGCCUGCUGCCCUGGGACCACUACGUGCCCGUGAGGGAGGAUCUCGCCGAUUUGCUGGACCAUUUGGACUGGGCCAAGCAGAAUGAUGAGCAGAGUGCGCGGAUAGCAGAUGAGGCGGGGAAGUUUGCGAGGAGCUCUUUGACUCUGGAGGGAAGCCUGCUGUAUUUGUACCAGGUCCUUUCGAGGCUUGGGCAAGUUAUUCGGCUGACCCCCGAUGAGCUCGCCGCAGAGAUCCCAAGAUGCCGCGGAAGAUCGCAGGCGUCAGAGGAGUUGGACUGCUGGGCUCUGGGGUUCACCCCCGACUUCUGCUGCAAUCUGGAGCUGGGUCCCAGCGGCAACGCUGCCUGCUGGGCUGGCCCCUACUCCUUCGCGGCCUGCUGCCGAGGACCUACUCCCAGGACACGGUGA